CCUCUCACGCUUUCUUCAGCCUUCUCCUCUUCAGGAACCAUGUCUAGCAAAUCUACCGUGAGGAGCCAAAGCAUCAGCCACCGUGGCUUCAGCGCCAGCUCAGCCAGAGUCCCAGGGGUCUGCCGCUCUGGCUUCAGCAGUGUCUCCGUGUCCCGCUCCAGAGGCAGUGGUGGCUUUGGUGGAGCGUGUGGAGGAGCCGGCUUUGGCAGCAGGAGCCUCUAUGGCCUGGGUGGCUCCAAGAGGAUCUCCAUCGGAGGGGGCAGCUGUGCCAUCAGUGGCGGAUAUGGUGGCAGAGUUGGAGGUGGCUUUGGCUAUGGAGGUGGAGCCGCAAGUGGAUUUGGUUUUGGUGGUGCAGCUGGUGGUGGCUUUGGGCUCGGUGGUGGACCUGGCUUUGCUGGUGGCUAUGGGGGCUCUGGCUUCCCCGUGUGCCCUCCUGGAGGCAUCCAAGAGGUCACCGUCAACCAGAAUCUCCUCACUCCUCUGAACCUGCAAAUUGACCCCACCAUCCAGAGGGUGAGGACUGAGGAGCGGGAGCAGAUCAAGACCCUCAACAAGUUUGCCUCCUUCAUUGACAAGGUGCGGUUCUUGGAGCAACAGAACAAGGUCCUGGACACCAAGUGGACUCUGCUCCAGGAGCAGGGCACCAAGACCGUGAGGCAGAACCUGGAGCCCUUGUUUGAACAGUACAUCAACAACCUCAGGAGACAGCUGGACAGCAUCCUUGGGGAGAGGGGCCGCCUGGACUCAGAGCUGAGGAACAUGCAGGACACAGUGGAGGACUUCAAGAACAAAUAUGAAGAUGAAAUCAACAAGCGCACAGCAGCAGAGAAUGAAUUUGUGACUCUGAAGAAGGAUGUGGAUGCUGCCUACAUGAAUAAGGUUGAACUGCAAGCCAAGGUAGAUGCUCUCACAGAUGAGAUCAACUUCACCAGAGCCCUGUACGACGCAGAACUGUCUCAGAUGCAAACCCACGUCUCAGACACUUCUGUGGUCCUGUCCAUGGACAACAACCGUAACCUGGACCUGGACAGCAUCAUCGCUGAAGUCAAAGCCCAAUAUGAGGAGAUCGCUCAGAGGAGUCGGGCUGAGGCUGAGUCCUGGUACCAGAGCAAGUAUGAGGAGCUACAGCUCACAGCAGGCAGACAUGGGGAUGAUCUGCGCAACACCAAGCAGGAGAUUGCUGAGAUCAACCGCAUGAUCCAGAGGCUGAGAUCCGAGAUCGACCAUGUCAAGAAGCAGUGUGCCAACCUGCAGUCCGCCAUUGCUGAUGCUGAGCAGCGUGGGGAGAUGGCCCUCAAGGAUGCCAAGAACAAGCUGGCUGAUCUGGAGGAUGCCCUGCAGAAGGCCAAGCAGGAUAUGGCCAGGUUGCUGAAGGAGUACCAGGAGCUGAUGAAUGUUAAACUGGCCCUGGAUGUGGAGAUCGCCACCUACAGGAAGCUGCUGGAGGGCGAGGAGUGCAGGCUGAGUGGCGAAGGCGUUGGACAAGUCAACAUCUCUGUGGUGCAGUCCACCGUGUCUGGCGGCUAUGGCAGCGCUGGUGGCUAUGGUAGUGCCAGCGGUGUGGGCGGUGGCUCAGGCCUGGGCGGAGGCAGCGGCUAUUCCUAUGGCAGCGGCCACAGCCUUGGAGCUGGCUUCAGUUCCAGCAGUGGCAGAGGCAUGGGGGGUGGCUUCAGCUCCUCUGGAGGCAGCAGUUCCACCAUCAAGUACACCACCACCUCAUCCUCCAGCAGGAAGAGCUACAAGCACUAAGUCCUGCCAUCAGCUCUUGGUCCCACGUUGUCCCUGUCUACGGCUGCAUUGCCCUCUCUUAGGCCACGUCUCCUCUCUUGUCUCUGAUUUCUCUUACUUUCUGAGUUUGAGCUGAGGUUGCUGAGCACCUUCAUGUCACCUCACUGUUGAUAUCUGACCCAUCUGAUCACCCAUUGCUCACCAUAGAAGGUCAACCUCUGAUUUACAUCAUAAUAUAACCACAACUGGGUCUCAGUUUGUUACCAAAAUAUUACUCUCUUGCCUCCACUACUUUGUAUAUAAGGCUGAGAAUCAGAAGGAAAUUAUCUCUGCCCAUUUUCAUUACAGAAAUACUACUUGGGUCCUUGUCCAGAACAGAGCAACUUGCCUUUUGCUUCCAGGUACCCAGGAAUUUCCCAAGUUCCCAGUGUUAGGUUCCUCCUCUCUUGCAAUGGUCUUGAAAGCAAAAGUGACUAGUUUUACAAUGUAUAGGAUCUCUAUCCCUGUGACAUUCCUUCUGCUCUUUGCUUUCUUCUAAUUGCUAAAUAAAG